AUGUCCCUCUUCGCCUCGCCCGUGCCCAUCCCCCUCCUCGUCCUUCUCCUCCUCCUCCCGCUGCCUCCCUGUCAGCCAGAGUCCCAGCGCAGUGAGCCCAGCAGCGACCCCAACCCGAGAGUGGUCUCGCCCUCCAUUUUCCCGUCCUCCUUCCCACCUUCCAUGUCUUACGGCAACAAUACCGUGUCCGGCAACAAAGGGAAGUGUGAGGAGGCGACGGUGUGCAGGCCUGGCAUCCUGCUGCCCGUCUGGCAGCCCAACUGGCCCGGACUCGGCGACCAGGUGGCCAGAGCUGUGGUCUACUUUGUGUCGCUCAUGUACAUGUUCCUGGGAGUGUCCAUCAUUGCCGACCGCUUCAUGGCAUCUAUAGAGGUCAUCACAUCGCAGGUGUGUGGUCACAACUUGGAGGCUGGUGAGCUGGGGCCGGGAACCAUUGUCGGCAGCGCCGCCUUCAACAUGUUUGUGAUCCUCGGGAUCUGCGUGUGGGUGAUCCCCAACGGCGAGACCCGUAAGAUCAAGCACCUCAGGGUGUUCUUCAUCACCGCCUUCUGGAGCAUCUUCGCCUACAUCUGGCUCUACCUCAUCCUGUCUGUCAUGUCGCCGGGCGUCGUGGAGGUGAGACAGACUAAGUGUGGUUUAGAAGAGGAAAGACAGAAUGAGGAGAACUGUUCAUCGGUACAGUCAACACAAAUGCAGCGGGAGCACAAGUGAAGUUGCAAAGCCAUUUUCCUCUGACAUUUGUCCAGUUUUUGCUUAUUUGGUCCCAAAUAAACCCCCCUUACAUAAAGGCAGAACUGACGUUAUGCA